AUGUAUUAUAAAGAAUUGGUAAAAAAUCGAAAUAGAUUAUUAACAAAUGAUUUAAUAAUAAAAUUUCCUUUAAUAUCACCAGAUAAAAAACAAUUCAAACAUAUUAAAAGUAUUGAAAUAAUAUCUAAUUUAGAUAAUAAGCCAUAUAAAGAAUUAGAUAAAACGAGAUCAAAAUUAAGAAUAUUUACAACAUAUUUUAUGUUAUCUCGAAUUUUUACUCAAUUACCGACAUUUAUAAAAGCUAAAAAAUCUGUAGCUAAUUUUAAUGUUAGAGAAGGUAUGGAAGUAGGAGUUAAAUUAAAUUUAAGGGAUAAAAAUAUGGAAAGAUGAUUAAAAAAAUGAUUAGUAUUAUUAUCUUCUAAUUCAAUUAUUUCUUCUUCCCCUUUAAAAGAGAAUAAAUAUAAAUUUGAUAAAACAUUUGAUAUACAAAAAGAUUUUUCUUUAUCUAAUAUAUUCGCUAUACAACCAUAUAAUGGUUUUUUAUGAAAUUUUAAAAAUAUUAUUGAAAAUAUCCAAAAAGAUUACAAAAUAGAUAAUAAAAUGGAAAGUAAUAUUAAUGAUAAUAAUUUAUCUAAUUUAUAUAAAUUAAAAUUUUAUAAUAAUAAUACUUUAUCAAUAAUAUCUAAUUUUUAUCCUAAUUUUUCCUCUAAUUAUCAGUUUAAUAAAGAUUUAUUAAUUAAUUCUAAUAAUAGAGAAUCUCUUACUUUUCAUUUAAAAACUAUACCAUUAAAUACUGGACUUCAUAUUAGAGUAAAAUUUAAUCAUAUAUAUAAUAAGCAAUAUAAUAAAGAUUAUAAGAAUUUUAUUCUUUCUUAUUAUUUAAUUCCUUCUUUUUAA